GUGGCAAAACAGAGGGAGACAUGAGGCUUUUUCUUUUCCUGAUUCUUUGUGGAGUGACAGUUGGCCUGGAGAAUGACGAGAAGAUUGUUGGAGGGUAUGAGUGCCAAAGAAACUCUGUGCCGUAUCAAGUAUCACUUUUCACUGGGUACAACUACUGCGGAGGGAUUCUCCUGUCUGAUGAGUGGGUGCUCUCGGCUGCACACUGUAAACCAAGUUCUAAUCUAGAGGUUAGGCUGGGAGAGCAUGACAUCUGGGAACCUGAACAUACAGAACAGCACAUCAUGUCCGCCAAGUUCAUUCGCCACCCUGAUUAUAAUUCCCGCACGCAGGACAGUGACAUCAUGCUGAUUAAGCUGAGUCAGCCUGCUAUUCUGAACAACUAUGUUCGCCCUGCUGUGCUUCCAUCAAAGUGUGGCAGUGCUGGGAUAAUGUGCCAGAUAUCAGGAUGGGGGAAUAUUCGCCCCAGUGACGAAGGCUCAAGGUAUCCAGAUAAGCUGCAGUGUCUGGAAGUCCCACUGUUAAGUGAUGACACCUGCUACAACGCAUAUCCAUUUCAGAUCACUGAAAACAUGAUAUGCGCUGGAUACCUUGAAGGAGGGAAGGAUUCCUGCCAGGGGGACUCUGGUGGUCCCAUGGUGUGUCAGGGGGAGCUCCAGGGAGUUGUUUCCUGGGGUCAUGGUUGUGCUCAGAGAAACAAGCCUGGAGUGUACACAAAGGUUUGCAAUUAUGUUUCCUGGAUCAAGACAACAAUGGCAUCUGGCUGAGGUGUAAAGUUUAAGACUUCAUAUGUA